AUGCCCAGAGGUAAACGUCGUCACGCCAUCGACAUGAGGCCCAGCGAAGAAGACCAACAGUCGACAAAACGACAGCGGAACAGUUAUCAGAGUUCACGGCGGUACAGCAAAUCCGAUGACAUUUUCAGCCAGAAACGAUGCCUCGCCUGGUUCCGGGAAUAUACCACACCGGACGAUCCGGAUACUUUAGGUCCCGAAGGAAUGGAAAAAUUCUGCGAGGACAUUGGAGUGGAACCAGAAAACGUGGCGAUGCUUGUGCUGGCGUAUAAGAUGGGCGCCAAACAAAUGGGCUUCUUCACGCAGUGCGAGUGGUUGAAGGGUUUAACAGACUUGCAGUGCGACACUGCCGCAAAGGUGCAGUGUAAACUGGAAUUUCUCAGAAGUAUGCUCAAUGACUCGAACUCAUUCAAAAUUAUCUAUAGAUAUGCGUACGACUUUGCAAGGGACAAAGACCAACGUAGCAUGGAUAUUGAAACAGCGAAAGCCAUGCUACAGCUGCUGCUCGGCAAGCACUGGCCACUAUACGCACAAUUUGCCCAAUUCCUAGAGCAGUCCAAGUACAAAGUGAUCAACAAGGAUCAGUGGUGCAAUAUUCUAGAGUUUUCCCGCACCAUCUCUAAUGACCUAACGAACUACGACGUCGAUGGAGCUUGGCCUGUCAUGCUCGAUGAGUUUGUGGAAUGGUUAAGACAGUUACGAGCUCAGCCAACGAUUAGCUGAGGCUUAUUGCACUAGAUGUAGGGUACAAACGGGAGAUCAAAAACGAACCCUACCUAUACCCACAACCGGUUGGUCAUCCAUCCCUCCCAUUUCCACCAAUUAUGUAUAUCUCUCUUCAAGAACUCGGACAAAAACGCAUUGAAUCUCCGCCAUAGGCCAACAGAUGCAAUGCCACAGAAUGCAACGCACUAAGGCAUACAUGUAGGAGAUGUAAUGAUGCACGUAAAUUUGGUCAACACUUCCCAAUUGCUUCCGGCAGCCAAUCCGAAGCCGAAUAAGUAAUUUGCAGUAGUUUAUAACAUUAUUUUUGAUUAGAAUUGUAUUUUUUUAAACAGGUUGUAUUGAUCACAGCGCAAUAUCAUAGAAUUACAAAAAAGAAUCCAUUUGUGAAUGAAUUUAUAAUUUUCUAUCCUCAUUAUCGUACUAUUUUGUUUGCAAAAGUGUUGCUUCAAUCCAAACCAAAAACACAGAAGAAAGUGCUCCCAUUUUUUACAAAGCUUACUACCAAUACAAUUUUGCGCUAUGUGAAGAAUUCAUGAUAAGUUCAAUGAAAUGGUAAGCAGCCCGCACUGAGCUAGAACAAUGAAUGGUGAAAUGGUGUACCCCAAUGAAGUACACCUGCAAGUGCAAGUAAAUAACAAUAAACGGAAUCGUUAAUGAUAGAUAACGGAACCAGAGUUGGUUCUAGUUGAAAAACAGUAACAUUGUGCUGUAAUGUUUUCCAUGAUCUUGCGAAAUCUGCUACAGACAGAUAGAAAGGAGAAGACGACAGGAGCGAAUGCGUUGAGCAAAUUUAUAUUUAUAGCAGCUAUCCUCAUUUGACUGGGUGUGAAGGUGGUCACACAAAAAUGGACUGGGGUGUGGAUGUAGGGCAUCAGGAUGAGAGCCUGCUACUAACGAACUGAUAUUCCGAUAACGUAAAGGGACGGACCACGGCUUGGUGAGAACCGAAAGUUGAGCUGUCGACGAAACUUCAAAUCUCUUGUAGAUAACAAUAAAUAAUUCAACAAGGGGGAACUGAUUUACGGAGCAAAACACAUUAAAAUAGCACAUUAGCAAAAUCGGUCUGCCUAGGAACCGCAUUUUGACAUUCGGUAUGCAACAAGAAAGACGAAAAUACAGUAA